UAUAGAGCGCCCUCUUUAAAGUUUUGCGCUAGAAUCGACCUAAGGGUUCGUCCUCAUUUCCGUUCGAGUUUCAGUAUUAACUUCCCCUCGUCUCGCUCUGUGUCUCUCUCUCUCGCCUGACAUAAAUGGAGCAAAGAAUAAAAAAUGCAGUGAAACGAUUAGAUCAACUUGAUCAAAGGCUAGACGAUUAUAAACCAUUACUUGAACAAAAUGUUCUUAAUGCUGAAUUUGAAAUAAGAGCAAAUUUUAAAAAUUUAAUCGAAUUAUUAAGCAAGCGACAAUCUCAUCUACUUAUUCAAUUACAUAAUAUUUCUAAAGAAAAAUCAUUACUCAUUGAAAGUAAUAAACAAAAAAUAGAAUCUCUGAAAUCAAUUCUGCUACAAUCUUGUCUAUCAAGAAGUGAAUAUGAUGCUAAAAUAAACGACUGUCUACGUAAAGCUGAAUCGAUCAGUUUAACAACUGAUUUUACACCAUUCAUCACCUUCUCCAUUGAAAAUGUACAAUUGACUGAGUUUAUUUCAACAUUUGGUCGACUGACUUGUCGAUAUUCUGGUCAUUUUGCUGAUCCAAAUAAGCCGUCGAUUUGUUUACCACGUGCAUUUGAAGAAGAAGAUGAUGGUUGUUGUGGAGAGAAUAAUGACACUAGAAUUGAUUAUUUAAAGCAUCAUUCAUCUGUAUUUAAUCGUGUUAAACAACAGCAACAGCCGCAACAGCAGCAGCAACACCAACUGCAACAACAAUGCGCUUGUCAUGAUCCAACAGUGAAACAAUGGUUAUCCUUGAUUGAACAUAAAUGCAAAUCAAAUCGUACUUAUGAUAUGAUGAGUGAUGUGUAUUCAGUAAAGGAUAAUAGUAAUAAUAAUAAUAACAACAACAAUAGUAGUGGAGUGAAUACUCCUCGUCUUCAGAGUAAUAAUUAUUCAUUGUGUGAUUCAAUAUUUUCAAGAAAAACAUCAUCAUCACAGCAUAACUUUGAAGUGAAUCCAUCAUCAAUAUCAUCAUCACAAUCAACUGUACAUGCUCCUUGCUAUCGUCCAGAUACUACAGUAGUACCUGAUUGGUUAAAACUGUUGGAUAGACAACAAAUUGCUGAAAUUUUAUCUUAUCAUAAAGGAAUCCAUGAAUGUAUGGAUGUAUUGAAAUCACCUGAUGAUUGUCUAGAUAAAUCUCCCUCUGAAAGUUUCGAUAUAUUGACGAAUUCAUCUCAAAAUAUGUCAAGUUUAAAAGAUUGGUUAUUCUGUGAUCCGGCUGAACUAAGAGAUAUGCCCGGUCUGUCGACAAAUCAUACUCGUCAUAAUAAUGAAGAUUAUUAUCAUCAUUCUUCUGCUUUGUCAUCAUCAUCAUUCUCAUUAAGGAAUAAUAAUCGUUCUUGGUUAAUACCAGACAAUAUGCCAUCAGCUGUAAUCAAUACAAAAAUGUCAAGUUUAUCAGUGAAUAAUCAUCAACCAGUUGUUAGAGAACUUUUCCCUGAACAUCUGAUCAAACCUGGUCCAAUUGAAUUAUCCCGUUGGUUAGUUAAGAAACAACAGUCAUCGUCGUCUACAGUGCCAUCAGCGACUCCGGCAACAUCAGCAGCAUUGAUGAAACACGAAGAAAAAGAAGGAGAAGAAGCCUCGAUGAAUACGCAAAUACUGAGCCAGUGUGGAAACAGUAAUGAUAAUAAUAAUAAAAAUGAUGAUAUGCAGAUAGAUGAUACAGACAAAUAUCGAAGUGUUGAACUUGCCAACACGGGUCAAUUCUGUCCAAUGUAUGGAGUAUGUCAAGGGGGACCUGGUGGACCGACAUGUUGUGGUGGUGGAGGAUGUCCGUUAACUAACAAGCCGUCAAUGAAUAUCUCAGCAUCUCAACAAGAAGACAAUCAAACAAUGAGUCAAGAGGAGGCGUCUUUUAUUGUCAAUAGUGUUGUCGUUACUGAACAGUCGUCAUUGCCAGUGUCACAGCCGCCUACGCUGACUACUUCAGUGUCGUCAGCAGUGUCAACCACGGCGACCACUGCUGCUGCUGCUGCGCACUACUACUAG